UUCUCUUUAUCAUUUUAUUCUCAUUUUUCUUAUUUGUGGAAAAUCAGUUGAAUUAGUUUGAAAAAUACGUUUAAAAUGUUAACAUUGAUCACGUGACCCACAACAAGUGUCAUGGCGGACGGCAGUAGAUUUGCGUCGCAUCAACCACAUGUUUGUAGUGUUUAAUUUCCAAAAGUAGUGUUUAAAUAUCAAUAAAUCAUAUCGAAAAUAGACGAGUAGUGCUUACAGGAUUGUGUGAAAUUAUUUUAUUGCUCUCGAUUCACUCGAUUGUUAUAAUACAAUUCGUCAAAAUACGAAACCUAACCUUACUUUUUUUGUCAGAAGAGGAAUUCGCAACAAUUCGGCCUGGUUAGUCUUUUGUGUCUUUUUCGUCGAACUAAAGGAAUUCAAGUCUUAAAUAAAUUACAAAAUUGAGAAAAUUAGUAAAUUUGUGUAAUAAAGUUGCGACAAAAUGGAUUAAAUUAUUAUUUCUGUCAGCAAAGCGUUGGCACAAGAGCGAAAGAGAAUUGUUCACCUUUUCGAAUCGAUUGAUUGUCAAUUGUAAAAUCUUCAAGUUCUCGUCUGGUUUCGGAUACAAACGACAUACGAAAGGAAGCUGGUCAUUAACCCACUUGGAAGAAAGAAGACCAGGAAAAAAUGUUACACUCAAUGAUGGAAGUGAAAAAAAGGAACAUGGCAAUACAAAUGAGGGAUAUGGAAAUAAGAAGAAGAACUGUGGAAAUAAGGAAAAGGAAUAUUGAAAUACGAGAGAGGAAUAGCGAAAUAAAUGAAAAGAAUACUGAAAUACAAGAAAUGCUUAUGAAAAUAAAAGUAAGGGAUAUGGAAAUACAAGAAAGGAAUAUCAAAAUAAAAGAAUUGAAUAUCGAAAUAGAAGAAAGGAAUAUCGAAAUACUAAAAAGGGAUUUAGAAAUUAAAAAAAGGGAUUUAGAAGUACAAAAGAGGAAUGUGGAAAGAGAAAAGAUAUAUACGGAAAUAAGAAAAAGAGGAGUGGAAGCACUGAAAAGGGCUAUGGAAAUAAGAAAAGGACUUAUGUGAUCAUGUAAAAAAAAAUAAAAAAUAUCUAAUUUUGAUGGAAAAAAAUAUCUAAUAUUGAAUAAUGUACUCGGAUGUAGAAUAAAAGUAAAAUAUUAUGUAUUAAUAUAUAAAUAAAAUUAAACUUACAUUUGUGAUUGCUUUUUCUUCUUCUUCUUCUUUUCUUUUUUUGUUCCUUAUUGGGGAGGUAAAUUUAUCUCUCCUCGGUCAAUUAUCGCUAAUCUCUCUUAUUUCGUAGAGAAGUGCCUUUUAUAUCUCAUGGCAUCUUCCUCAGACUUUCUGUCGGCUAUUUAAGAGUCGUAAAACUCGGUUGGUCACUUGUUAACCCAUUUUGAACCCUG